AUGUCAAGACUUUCAAGUUAUCACAUUAUGAUAGUCUCGAAGUACUUCAAAACUAUUAAAGAUUUUAUAAACUUGGAGUUGGUAUGCAAGAAGUAUGGUGGUAAUAUGGAGAAGUUUCAUUUUAACCCAAUUCCGUUAAAUCGCAAAACAAUUAGAUACUUUCCAAACAUCGAGACACUUUGUUUGUGGAAUAAAAAAGAUGAUACAUUUGGCAAUAAAUUUAUGAUCAACACAGAAGAAAAUAAACAUUGUGAAAAUAAAACUGGUUUGAAAAUAGAAUUCUUUCGAAUCAUUGUGUGGUUCAAUGUUGAUUUUGAAACUGUUAACAGAAACAAAAAUCGAAACAUCGAGUUUAAAAAUGUAACUUACACUCAAAACGAUAGAGAAAAAUUUGGUAAUAACAUUCCAUUAAAUGUAAUAUCAAUUGGUGAGGAAUGUUUCCGUCAAUGUAGCAAUUUAAGCAGUAUUUCAAUACCAUCGAAUGUCACAUCACUGGGUGAUGGUUGUUUCCGUGGAUGUUAUGUUCUUAGCAGUGUUACGAUACCAUCAAGUGUGAAAUCCAUUGGUUAUUGUUGUUUCAGUGAUUGUGUUAGUUUAAGUAGUGUUACAAUACCAUCAAGUGUUACAUCAAUUGGUGAUGGUUGUUUUUGUGAAUGUAUUAGUUUAAUCUGUGUUACAAUACCAUCAAGUGUCACUUCAAUUAGUGAUAAUUGUUUCUUUAGAUGUAUUAGUCUUAGUAGUGUUACCAUACCAUUAAGUAUAACAUUAAUUGGAAUUCAAUGUUUCCCAUCUAAUACAGAAAUUCAUCGAGAUUAA